UCCAACCUGGCCAUGCUAAAGGCUCUCAUGCCCGUGGCCGUGUAUUCGCUCGGCGUGUUCUUCACCCGAGAGGUCUUCCGAGUCUCUUCCUUCUCCAAUAUGGCUGCCAUUUCCAUCGGGGUUGCCAUAGCCGCGUACGGGGAGGCCAAUUUCAACGCCACUGGGGUUAUUCUGCAGCUACUGGCUGUGUGCUUCGAGGCCUUGCGACUGGUGCUCAUACAGAUCCUCCUAACAGCCAAGGGCGUGUCCCUCAACCCGAUCACCUCGCUGUUCUACAUCUCGCCCGUCUGCCUCCUCUUCCUCUCCCUCCCCUGGCUACUCGUCGAGUACCCCCAUCUCGCUCCCUCGCUCGCCGUCCCCUCUCAACCGGCCAUCGGGCUUUUCCUUGCCAACUGCGCUUGUGCCUUCGCACUCAACCUGGCUGUUUUCCUCCUCAUUGGCAAGACCUCAGCCCUCACCAUGAACGUGGCAGGAGUGGUUAAGGACUGGCUGCUGAUUGCGUUCUCAUGGUCGGUUAUUCGAGAUCGAGUCACAGGCAUCAACUUGUUGGGAUACUUUUUGGCGUUUGUUGGCGUCUGCUGGUACAACAGCACGAAAAUUCAGGAAAUGAAAGCAAAGGAGGCUUCCAAGAAGUUGCAGCAAGAGCAGCAGCAGAAUCAACUGGCAAGUGUGGGGGACGAGGAGUCAGGGCCUCUACUGGCUCAUUCCGAGUUGGCUCAACGGGAGUUGGCUCAACGGGAGAUGGCUCAAACGUCAAUGGAAUCAGGGGUUUUAACAGACAGGUCACCAAAGCAGCAGCAGAAUUCAGGGUUGGUGGAAUCUCAGAAGGUUGAGAAUGAACGACAAGGGCAGUAGCGACGUCUCUGGCAUCGCCCCCUGAUUAGGGCAUCCAAAUAUCCUCCUCAGGCCUACCUGGGAGUUAUCAACCACCAGGGCUAGUAGCACCCAUGGGUUGCAUUGGUUGGGAGAGGGACUCUUCAGUAGUACUCACUAGGACAGGGUAACACAGAAAAUGUACACUAACUCGGCCCAACAAAGCUGCGUAUAGGACAGGUUAAAUCAGUAGCGGAAUAUGUAUCGUACCGGUAUGGUAAGUGGAAGCGCGGUAUGGACAUUACAUUAGCGUAACGAAACUAUGAUGCAAUACAUUGUGCUUAGGCCUCCUUGGAACCUCACUUUGUUCUAUUAGGUUAAUU